CUUUAAAGCUUUAUUCAUUGUCACUUAAAGGAGUAGAUAUUUGCUGGCUAUUCUUCCUUCUCUUCUUCCCUUCCCUUCCUUCCUUACGAUCCUCACGACACCUACUCGUUAACACCGCAACUCCCUGCCGCCGCCGCCGGCUUACCGCCCUCCUUGUCCUCUUCUCUUCCCUUCUUGCCUACCUCCGUCCGAUUCUUGGACUAUGCUACAGUUUACACCUAAAACCUCUCCCUCCUCCCUCUAUACCACAAACAAUGGCAAUUGACUCCAUCAAUUCCUCCCACCGUCGCCAUUUGCCUCACAAACUGGUUGUUGAACUUAUUCAUUAGGGUUUGGCUAACAAAGUCCUCAAGGAAUUUGCGUGUGAAUUUUCUCUUGGGUGAUGAGCUCUGCAAUAAAUAACCUUCGUGCGGCAUUCUUUUCUCAUAGCAUCCUUACUUGCACCUAUGAAAAAAAAUCCUUUAUCAUACGGAAUAGAUUUUCUCAUCAAUUUAAGAGGUUUCAUUCUUCUAUGGGAAAACAUCUUGCUCAUUCCAACACAAAUGUUAAUGGAGAAGGUCUUCCACAGUUGUUCAGUGUUGCACCCAUGAUGGACUGGACAGACAAUCAUUAUAGGACACUUGCUCGUUUGAUAUCAAUACAUGCAUGGCUCUACACAGAAAUGGUUGUUGCAGAAACAAUUGUUCAUCAAAAGGAUAACUUGGAUAGGUUCUUGGCAUUUUCUCCCAUACAACACCCAAUCGUUCUACAAAUUGGUGGGAGCAAUUUGAAGAACUUAGCAAAGGCAACUGAGCUUGCAAAUGCUUACUCAUAUGAUGAAAUUAAUCUCAAUUGUGGAUGCCCUAGUGGAAAAGUUGCGGGCCAUGGUUGCUUUGGUGCACGACUGAUGUAUGAUCCUAAGUUUGUGGGAGAUGCUAUGUCAGCCAUUGCUUCCAAUUGUGAUGUUCCUGUCAGUGUCAAAUGCAGAAUUGGAGUUGAUGAUCGUGAUUCAUACAAUGAGCUUUGUGAUUUCAUACAUACUGUUGUCUCUCGAUCUCCCACUGCACACUUUAUAAUACACGCAAGGAAAGCGUUGCUAAGUGGUCUUAGUCCUGCUGAGAAUCGAAAUGUCCCCCCUCUGAAAUAUGAGUACUAUUUUUCCUUGUUGCGUGACUUCCCUGAAAUUCGGUUCACUAUAAAUGGUGGCAUUACCUGCAUCAGCCAGGUUAAAGCAUCUUUAAGAGAAGGAGCUCACAGUGUGAUGGUUGGUCGUGCUGCAUACAACAAGUUUUCAAGUCCAUGGAAUACCUUGGGACAAGUUGAUAGUGAAAUAUAUGGUGCUUCAAGAAUACAUUUUUCCCGUCGUCAGGUUCUUGAAAAAUAUCAAAUAUAUGGGGAUUCUGAACUUGGAAAAUAUGGACCAAACAAGCCAAAUAUUAGACAAAUAGUAAAGCCAUUACUACACCUAUUCCACUCUGAACCUGGAAAUGGCCUUUGGAAACGUAAAGCUGAUACUGCUAUGCGGCAUUGCACUGCAACAUGGUUAGGGUAGAGGAGAACGUAGGCACAAAAGGGCGAAGAGUGCAUGUAGGAGUCGGAUCUAACUAUUGUAAUGGAGGCUAGGUCGAUUAUGGACCUUCCUGUGGUGGUUGAUCUCUCUUGGUACCAUGAGAUCUUUGUGUAGUUGUGGAAAGAGUUUUCUUGGUGAGAGGAGGUAGAGGUAAGGUGCUUGUAGUCAGUACUUUUUCCGGUGCCAAGAGCAGAUGGAGAGGGCAAUAGGGAUGACAAAUAUGCCAAAUUUGACAAAAAUGUUGCACAAAACUGGUGGACUUAGGGUUGGUUUGUUGUGGAAGAUGCAAAAUAUGAACACUAGCGGAUCUUGUUAGUUGCUCGUUAGUAGAAGUCAGGUGCAGAUGCGGAUCAAGAUUUGAUGUCAGCAAACUCGAACUGAAGAGGUUUGGCCCAUGUUGGCUGCUUGCUUUGUCAUAGUAGUUUCGCUUAUUCAUGUUUUUUGAGGGUUGAAUAGAAUUGAAAAAUAUAAUAGAUAUAGAAUAAGGAAGAAGGGGAGCCUUAAGGAACAUUGUCUAGGAGGUGGUCCAGGUGAUGGUUUUGCUAAUAGACCACUUUGCCUAGUUAGGUGUCCCUUUCAAAAGACAUUGCUCUAGAAGGAUCUCAAGAAAAACUUUUAUAUAUAUUUUAAUAUUGCAGCAUGACACUAAUUAUAACCAGUCAUGUUCUUUUUUGGAUAUAAAUUUGUUUUGAUUAGUUAAGGAUAUAGUUGUGGGUCAAGUGCUUACCAACGGCUACUUGAAAUCACCUUUUAAUACAUUGAUAAGGAACAAUUAUUUUUUAUGAAUAGGGGGGAAUUUCUUUAUUUCAAUCGAACAUAGGAGUCUUUCAUUCUCAAUAUAUUUUUAGAUGAUGGGUACUAGGAAGUUCCAUUCCAUUUUGCAUAUUCUUUAACCUUGCUUUAUGAAAAUCCUAGAGUUUAAAAUUUAUU